UAAUGACACUGGAGAGGCAGAGAGGAGUGACUGCAGAGACAGAGGGGUGGGUGGGCUGGCUUAUGGCUGAGGCCUCGCUCCCAGAGCUGAGGGGAGAUGCCGAAGCCACACCUUGCCCCAGUGUCCUGGAACUGGAAGAGCUCCUGAGGGCAGGGAAGGUUUCUUGCAGCCGCGUGGAUGAAGUUUGGCCCAACCUUUACAUAGGAGAUGCGGCCACGGCAAAUAACCGCUUUGAGCUGUGGAAGCUGGGCAUCACCCAUGUGCUGAACGCCGCCCAUGGAGGCCUCUACUGUCAGGGCAGCCCUGACUUCUAUGGCAGCAGUGUGACCUAUCUAGGGGUGCCAGCCCACGACCUCCCGGAUUUCGACAUCAGUGCCUACUUCUCUUCUGCAGCUGACUUCAUCCACCGAGCCCUCAGCACACCUGGGGCUCUGCCAGCUGGACCAGCAGCUUCGGGGUGCAGUCCAGACCUGGGCGGCCAGGGAUGGCCCUUAGUCCCUGCCACAGGGCUCUGCCACUUCACCAGCCUGGCACUGGUCCUGCUGGCCCUGCUGGCCGCUCUGGCCCAGGUGGAUACCAAGAAGAUGAAACAGCAUCAAGUGUGCAGAGACAGGCAGCUGGAAGCCGGCAGCACAGAGUGCCCGUCAGAGAAGACCACAGCCUCAGUCAGAUACCCCCACAGUUCCUGGCUGAGGGUGCCAGGCACACGGAGCCAAGAUAGGCACUCCUUGCCAGCACAGCACCAGAUGCAGCUUCUGGUGCCACUGACACCCCAGCUCUGCAGGGCUCCAGACUCCCUCAGCCAGCCGGCUCCUGAUGCUGCCCGCCCGACCUGGGCAAGGCCUGACCUGCAGCGCUCGCCUGAGUUGUGGGGGAUGGACUCUCUACAGAAGCAGGACCUCCGGAGACCCAAGAUCCACAGGGCAGUCCGGGAGCUCCCCUACCAGCCACCCACACUGGCCGCCUUGCAGCGCUUGCUAUGGGUCCGGCGGGCUGCCACGCCAAGCCACAUCAACGAGGUCUGGCCCAGCCUCUUCCUGGGAGAUGCGUACGCAGCCCGGGACAAGAAUAAACUGGCCCAGCUGGGCAUCACCCACAUUGUGAAUGUAGCUGCAGGCAAGUUUCAAGUGGACACAGGUGCCAAGUUCUACCGUGGAAUGCCCUUGGCGUAUUAUGGCAUUGAGGCCGAUGACAACCCCUUCUUUGACCUCAGUGUCUACUUUCUGCCUGUUGCUCGAUAUAUCCGAACUGCCCUCAGCGUUUCCCAAGGCCGCGUGCUGGUACACUGCGCAAUGGGGGUCAGCCGCUCCGCCACGGUUGUCCUGGCUUUCCUCAUGAUCUGCGAGAACAUGACGCUGGUGGAGGCCAUCCAGGUGGUGCAGGCCCACCGCAAUAUCUGCCCCAACUCGGGCUUCCUCCGGCAGCUCCAGGUUCUGGACAACCGACUGGGGCGAGAGACAGGGCGACCCUGAAUUGAUGGGCAGCCAGGAGCCCUGACUCUGUGGCCAGCAUGUCCUGACCCAAUCAGCCUGGCCCUGAGGACGACAGCCUCUGCUAUUUUCAGUGAUCUUGAAAUGUAUAGCAAGUGGGGGCUUAGCUGAGACAGAGGUGGGUGGUGACUUUUAGCAGAUGGAUAUCUCUGACCCAAUCCAGAGACUCUUUAUGCAAAGGAGAGCUCAGUCUGUCUCUAUAAUAAAAGAUUCAUCAUAAUAAAGA